AUGAGAAGGAGAAGACCAGAACCACCCCCGGUGGAGCAAGAAGAACUAUCGGGUAAUGAGUCGGAGGUCGAUCCCCUUGAGCCUCAGUCUCACCAUCUGCCUCAGCCUCAGUCGGAGCCUCAGCCAGCACAAUCCAACAAGACAACAGAUAAAAGUGAAGGACCGCUUCAUCUUAAUGGAAAAGAAAAGCGAGAGAAGAGAGGGGAGAGAAAAAAAGCCUUGUGUCCUGAGCCUGUGCCUGUGCCUCUGCUGGAGCCGGAGCCAGGGGCAGACGCAGCAUUACCGAUGCUGGAGCCAGAGCCAGAGGCAGUACAGCCUGAACGGGAGUCAGGGGCAGAGGCAACAUCGCCGGAGGAGGCAGCGGCGACGGAGAUAGAGUAG